CGGGUAUAUAAGGCGCCGCACGGGGGCGCUCCUGCGCAGUUCGCAUUUGGCUGUUGAAGAGCGUGUGUAGCUUUCUGUAGGAGACAAGAGGAGAAGGACACAUCACUCGGAGGAGAAAUGGCAUCGGACGAAGGGAAGCUCUUUGUCGGCGGGCUCAGUUUCGACACCAAUGAACAGUCCCUGGAGCAGGUCUUCUCCAAAUAUGGACAGAUCUCUGAAGUGGUUGUGGUCAAAGACAGAGAAACGCAGAGGUCCCGAGGGUUUGGAUUUGUGACCUUUGAAAACAUUGACGACGCGAAAGAUGCUAUGAUGGCCAUGAAUGGGAAGUCUGUGGAUGGGCGCCAGAUCCGAGUGGACCAAGCGGGGAAGUCCUCGGACAACCGCUCCCGUGGCUACAGAGGGGGAUCAGCCGGAGGACGGGGCUUCUUCCGCGGAGGCCGCAGCCGAGGGCGGGGCUUCUCCAGAGGUGGUGGCGGAGGAGACCGAGGCUAUGGUGGGGGCGGCAGCAGCCGGUUUGAGUCCAGAAGUGGGGGAUACAGUGGCUCCAGAGACUACUAUGGCAGCAGUAGGAGUCAAGGCAGCUACAAUGACAGGCCUUCCGGUGGCUCCUACAGAGACAGCUACGACAGUUACGGUAAGUCUUUGAUCCUCGUGAGGGAAAAGGAGGAGGAGAACACUGACGCUGUUUUGCGAUCUUGCCAUAAUAAAAGCUCCUUGGAAGCCUGUUUGGUGCUGGCCACUUCUCCUUGCCUAUAGGAAGGCCCUAAGCCUUUAAUGCAGGCCUUAAGUCCAUCUUUAAUGCAUGUGUUGUUGUGCUACUAGCCGGCUCUUGCAGCAAGGAAAAGCCCAUGCUGGAAGUAAUCUUUUACAAAGUCCAGGAGCAAAACUUUUGAAUCUUGGGUGGGGAGAAGAGGUUUAGCCAGGCCGUAGCCCUUUCUUUAGGUGCUUGUCAAAGAAGCAGGGGAGGAGAAAUAAAAUGGCUGGGACUUGUGUCUGUGCUGCUUCGGUUCCUUUUACAACUGUGCCUGCUUCUUGUCCUCAGCUGCACACAACGAGUAAAAACACUUCCUGGCUCGCUCAAGAAUCGUCCUUCCAAUGGCUGUAUUUAUAAAGAUUUUGGGAGCUUCGCUGAAAACAAAACAAACAAAAAACACAUGUUUCUUGUGUAGUCAUCUCCUUUGUAUUCUCACUUUUUUGUAGUAAAAAGUCGCAGUUCUGACCUUGUUUUAAAACAAAAGACACAGCCUGACAGCUUCUCAGUAUGUAAAUGGUCUGUUCAGACGCAGAUGAAAGUUGUGGGUCGUUCCCCCCUCCCCCCGAAGUGUUUAAAUCUUUUUAAAGCACUUAAGGUUUUUAGUUGAUUUGUGAGCUCAGUGUUGGGGUUUCCCAGAAGGUUGUAAGGCCCUGUUUUUUUUCUGUUUUGAGUAAGAAAAGGAGCGAAAUUCCUUCCUCCGUAGAAGCUGAGCAAGCUGUGAACUCGGUUUUUUCUGUUAGCGCUUCGUUUUGUAACCUGACCUUUAGUGUAGCAAGGUAGGCCUUAACAGCCUGGAUUUUUGAUUCUGAAAGGCAAACCCACCUUGGUAUAUCUAAAGAGAUCCUUGCUUUGUAUGUUUGACUUGCAUAAAAGAGACUUUGGACUUGUAUGUGUCUUUACCGACUGAACCCAGAGAAAAAACUGCAAAUAUUUAACCGUGCAAAGAGGUUCAUGGAGAGAGAAAACAAAAACAAUAUGAUGUUUGUUUCUAUUGUCCUUUUUUUUUUUUUAACUUGGAAAGAAAGUAUGCCUAAUUCAAUUGAUGUUGUAAUUUUGAAGUGGUGCAAACAGGAUUUCUUGUAAGCUUUCCUUUGGCUUCACGAAGCCUAUUAAAAGUCCAUCUGAAAACAAA